CCGUCUAAAUUCACGGCGGAUAUUGCCUUCCCCUCCUUCGUCGGUCUCCCCUCCUCCUCCGCCGCCGCCGCCGAGACGACGCGCCGGCGCGGGGGGGCGGGCGCCAUGAAGCGGCACCAGAUAGAAACGGCGCCGAGGACGGUGUCGACGUGCGUCCCGAACACGGCGGUGGGCACCCACGUCUUCGACGUCAUCGGGUACAGCCAGAUCAAGGGGAGGAGCCACGAGGAGUACGUCGCGUCGGGGACCUUCCUCGUCGGCGGCCUCCUCUGGGCCGUCGUCCUCUACCCCGACCCCCCCGCCUUCGUCCUCGACGACGACAACGUCACCGCGUUCCUCGAGCUCCGGAGCCAGCGGGAGGGCGGCGGCAAGGUGCGGGCGUCGUGUGACGUCCGGCUGGUCGACCAGACCACCGGCCUGGCCUCCGCCUCCCCCUCGCCGCACCCGGACGCCGACAAGCCCUUCAGGGUCUUCGAUGUCGAGGCCGAGGAGAUCACCAGGGCGAGCUGCCUCAAGAUGAAGAGGACCCAAUUCGAGGCGCCUCCGUAUCUCGUCGACGACCGGAUCAUCCUGGAAUGCGUGGUCACCGUCAAGAAGGAGCCCCGGGUGUCGCGAGCCAGGCAGGUGCCCCGAAUCAAGGUGCCCCCGAGCAACAUCACGCAGCAGCUCGGCGACCUUCUGGAGUCCAAGGAGGGCGCGGACGUGACCUUCGACGUCGCCGGGGAGAUCUUCCCGGCGCACAAGCUCGUGCUGGCGAUGCGGUCUCCGGUGUUCAGAGCCGAGCUGCUCGGCCCGAUGAGGGAGACCGGACCGGGGCCGAUCGCCAUCGCCGAUAUGCAGCCUGCCGUGUUCAGGGACCUGCUCCAGUUCAUCUACACGGAUUGGCUGCCGCGUCUCCGCGCCCUCGAGGGGGACGACAAUGGCGAGAUGAUCCGGCAUCUGCUCGUCGCCGCGGACCGAUACGCCGUCGACAGGCUGAAGCUGCUGUGCCAAAGCAUCCUUUGCAAGAACCUUCGUGUCGGCAAUGUCGCUAGCACGCUGGCUCUGGCUGAUCGGCAUCACUGUGGCAUGCUCAAGGACGCCUGCAUUGAGUUCAUGGCAUGCCCAAAUAUGCUGGAUGAUGUGGUGGCAUCACAAGGGUUCGUGGAUCUUGAUAACGCAGCUCCUUCUCUUGUAGCCGAGGCAAAGGAGAAGAUGGGGAGGUUCAAGAAAAUGCCGAGGAUGACAAAGAGCAAUGAUCCUGAAGAUGAAUAAUUAGUUUAGUUUAUGAUAAAUAAUAUGCAUGCCUGUCUAGUUUUACUGGAUCAUGUUAUUAUAGCUACCUUGCUCUUUUAUAUAAACAACAUUAAUUUAAAUACUGGUAUUGCCAGUACUUAUUGGAUU